UUAAAAAAAUCAUGGCUAACAGCUUUGACUUCUUUGAGAGAAAAGAGAAGAGCCAAAAAGGAGAGGCUCAAAUUCUUUCUUGUAUAUGAAGACUCUUUGUAAGAAAAUGUUUGAUUCCGUAAGCCUAUACAGGCUUUAAGUUUCUCAGAUUCACUUCGCUUUUCCCUCCUUUCCUAGAAAAUCUUUUAUCCUUUGAACGUUUAAAAUCUUUUGGCCUUAGCUUCUUCAAACUCACUCAUCUUGGAACAUACUAUUUGCAUAGAAAACAUGGUCCCUCUCGUUGUUUUGACACUCUUCUCUCUUCUAAGCACCACUUGUUCAACUUCAUUAGUUAAUGACUUUCAUGUCUUGGUCAAGCUCAAGAAAGGGUUUCAGUUCCCUGAACCUCUCUUAAGCUCGUGGAAUUCUUCGAACCCAAGUUCGGUUUGUUCUUGGGCAGGAAUAGAAUGCGCCUGGGGGCGAGUUGUUUCAUUGGACUUGACAUAUAUGAAUAUGUGCGGCUCUGUUUCACCUCAGAUUUCGAGACUUGAUAGGCUAACCAACCUCUCUCUUGCAUGUAACAACUUCACUGGCAGCAUUGAGAUGGCAAAUUUAAGUGACCUUCGAUUUCUUAACAUUUCAAACAACCAGUUCAAUGGUCACCUGGAUUGGAACUAUGCAAGUAUCAGCAAUCUGGAAGUACUUGAUGCUUAUAAUAAUAACUUCACUGCUUUACUGCCACUUGGGAUUGUUGGCUUGAAGAAGCUCAAGUACUUGGACCUUGGUGGAAAUUAUUUCUAUGGCAAAAUUCCACCAAGCUAUGGAACACUAGUGGGAUUGGAGUAUCUUUCGUUAGCCGGAAAUGAUCUUGAGGGAAAAAUCCCUGGUGAGUUAGGCAAGCUCAUAAAGCUGAGAGAGAUUUACUUGGGGUAUUACAAUGUUUUCGAAGGAAGUAUCCCUUUGGAGUUGGGUAAUUUGGUAAAUUUAGUUCACAUGGAUCUCUCAAGUUGUGAACUGGAUGGUCCAAUUCCUCAGGAGUUGGGAAACCUGCAGUUGCUUGAUACUCUGUAUCUGCAUCUCAAUCAACUCUCGGGUCCAAUUCCUAAGCAGUUAGGCAACUUGACAAACUUGGUGAAUCUUGAUCUCUCCCACAAUGCACUCACUGGAGAAAUCCCAUCUGAGUUGGUCAAUCUUAAGCAGCUUAGGCUUUUCAAUCUCUUCAUGAACAGAUUACAUGGGUCUAUUCCAGACUAUGUAGCCGAUUUGCCUAAUUUGGAAACUCUGGGGCUUUGGAUGAACAGCUUUACUGGUGUGAUACCCGAGAAUCUUGGUCAAAAUGGGAAGCUGCAAUUGCUCGAUUUGUCCUCCAACAAGCUAACCGGUACGAUCCCACGAGACUUGUGUGCUUCAAAUCAGUUAAGGGUAUUAGUUCUCAUGAAAAAUUUCCUUUUUGGGACCAUUCCUGAAGGCCUGGAGAGAUGUUAUAGUCUCAGUAGAGUAAGGCUGGGGCAGAAUUACUUGAAUGGUGGUAUUCCAAAUGGAUUCAUCUACCUGCCUGAGCUAAACUUAGUAGAGUUGCAGAACAAUUACCUUACAGGAACAUUAUCUGAAAAUCGGAAUAGCUCCUUGAAACCUGUUAAGCUAGGCCUGCUUAAUUUGUCAAACAAUCUCCUUUCUGGUCCACUGCCAUAUUCAUUUUCCAACUUCACUUCUCUUGAAAUCCUUCUACUCGGUGGAAAUCAGUUCUCAGGUCCAAUACCAGCUUCUCUAGGUGAACUCAGGCAAGUACUGAAGCUUGAUCUUAGUAGAAACUUACUUUCUGGGAUUAUUCCACCAGUAAUUGGAAAUUGUGUCCAUCUAACAUACCUUGAUAUGAGCCGGAAUAACCUUUCAGGCUCAAUUCCACCUGAGAUUUCCAAUGUCCAUAUCCUGAGUUACUUGAAUGUAUCGAGGAACCAUUUUUGUCAAGCCAUACCAAGAAGCAUUGGUUCAAUGAAAAGCCUUACAGUUGCUGAUUUUUCUUUCAACGAUUUCUCUGGGAAGCUGCCAGAAUCCGGUCAAUUUGCUGUCUUUAACGCUUCAUCUUUUGCAGGCAAUCCUCAACUUUGUGGUUCUCUCCUGAAAAAUCCCUGCAAUUUCUCUGCCAUUACAAGGGCCCCCAGAAAGGCCCCUAGGAACUUUAAGUUAAUCUUCACACUAGGCCUGUUAAUAUGCUCUCUAAUAUUUGCCACUGCCGCCAUAAUCAAGGCCAAGUCAUUCAAGAAAAAUGGUACGGAUUCUUGGAAGAUGACAACAUUCCAAAAGCUGGAAUUUGCAGCUGCUGACAUCCUUGAAUGUAUUAAAGAUGGAAAUGUGAUUGGAAGAGGAGGUGCAGGGAUUGUUUAUCAUGGAAAAAUGCCUAAUGGUACAGAAAUUGCAGUAAAAAAACUUCUUGGCUUUGGCACUAGUAACCAUGAUCACGGUUUCAGAGCAGAAAUCCAGACACUUGGAAACAUUAGACAUAGAACCAUUGUCAGGUUGCUAGCAUUUUGCUCCAACAAAGAAACCAAUCUCUUGGUUUAUGAAUACAUGAGCAAUGGAAGCCUUGGAGAAGUUUUACAUGGGAAAAAAGGUGCAUUCUUGGGAUGGAACUUGAGGUGCAAAAUUGCAGCCGAAGCAGCAAAAGGCCUGUGCUAUCUUCACCAUGAUUGCUCACCAUUAAUCAUUCAUCGAGACGUAAAAUCAAACAACAUUUUGCUCAAUUCAACCUUUGAAGCACACGUUGCUGAUUUUGGAUUGGCCAAGUUUUUGAUCGAUGGGGCUGCAUCAGAGUGCAUGUCAGCUAUUGCAGGCUCCUAUGGCUACAUUGCUCCUGAAUAUGCAUACACACUGAGAGUGGACGAGAAAAGUGAUGUGUAUAGUUUUGGAGUGGUACUUUUAGAGUUGAUCACUGGCCGAAGGCCAGUGGGUGGAUUCAGUGAAGGUGUAGAUAUUGUCCAAUGGGUAAAAGGAGUGACAAAAUGUCGAAGAGAAGUUAUUGGAAUUGUUGAUCCAAGGCUGGCAAGUGUGCCCAAAGAUGAAGCAAUGCUCUUAUUGUUCAUUGCAAUGCUAUGUGUACAAGAAAAUAGCAUCGAACGUCCCACCAUGCGAGAGGUGGUUCAAAUGCUAUGGGAGUUCCCUCGACAUUCUCUGAAGUACCAAUCUUCAUCUUCAUUCAUUCAGUAUCAACAGGAAAAUCUUGAAGAAUAUCAGAAAAGUUAGGUAUUUGAGUUCAAUGAACUUGAAACCUUUUUUUCUUUCAAAUUUAGGGUUUUAUGGCGUUUUAAUUGAUUGUUAUAGUUUUCCAUUUGCAAAAUGUAUAUUAUAGAUAUUUGUCUCACAAGCUUUCACCUUUAGAUUUAAGGAUAAAAGAUUUGAUGA